GCCCGCGGCACUGCCUGGGGCUGGGGGGUCAGGGAGCAAUGCUGGGGAGUGCCACAGGAUCGUGGGGCGUCCAUGGAAUGGCAGAACGCCGUGGGACUGCGGGCUGCGCCGCUCCGGCCGUCAGCACCACCUGCGAGGGGGAUGCAUUUGCAGCUCGUUUUGGGGGCGUCUGAGGCCCUCCCUACGCACACCGUCCCCCGAGGGCUGCGUCAGAGGUGCCUGCGGAGCUGCCACCCACGGGGUCCCCACUCGGGGCAGUGCAGGGGACAGGCAGGGGACAGGGAACAACUGGGGGACACCGGACAGAGGGGACACGGGGAUAGCCGGGGGACACCGGACAGCCUGUGGAGAUGGAACAACCAGCCCUGAGGAUGCUCCCACCCCCUUCCCGGCCAGGGUCCUGCCCAGUGCCCCUUCCCACCGCCCCGGCUGCCCGUGGGGGUCUCACCCACUGCCGGGGGGGUCCCGUGCACAACCCCUCGGUGCGCGGGGUCAGCGGGCAGGGUGGUGGGACAAGUCCCGCAGCCCCCCGGGAGCCGGGCUGGGGGUCACGCCGUGCAGCCCCGCGGUGCCCCGGGCUGGGGCUGCCCCGGCCGCUCCCUCCGAACCUGCCACGGCCGCCCGGCCCCGCCUGCUGCCCUUCCUCGGGAGGAGGAGGAGGAGGAGGAGAAGGAGGCGGCAGCGUCCGCGGAGCAGGAACGGAGCUGGAAGGAGCUGGACAGACCGACGGGACGGGGCGGGACGGGGGUCCUGGUAGCGCCCACCGGCAGCCGUCGGGCCCGUCCCUCAUGCCGGGGAAGCUGAGGCGCAGCGCCCGCGGGGUGCUGGGGGAGAAGCAGUGGCAGAGCCUGGAGGAGACGGGAAGCGCCCGGGUGGGGCAGCCCAAGCUUGCCAGAUCCAGGACUUAUGACCCCUCCUGCAAGGACACAGAGCAGGCGGCCACAGGCGGGCAGGGACCCCCAUCGCCCUCGCUGAGCAAGCGGGACAGCAGCUACCGCCGGGCCUUCGGGGAGCUCGCCGAGAGGGACGUGCUGCUGGGCUGCUUCUCGUGCGCCUGGCAGAGAGAGGUGCCCUACCACGGCCGCCUCUACGUGUCCUCCCGACACAUCUUCUUCCACUCCAGCCUCCUGCUCAAGGACAUCAAGGCCGUGAUCCCCGUCGCCUCCGUCUCAGCCCUCAAAAAGACCAACACGGCGCUGCUGGUGCCCAACGCGCUCAGCAUCCGCACGGCCCAGGGCGAGAAGUUCCUCUUCGUGUCGCUGCGCCAGCGAGAGGCCACUUACCAGCUCCUGAGAUCGGUCUGCAAACAGCUGCAGGACAGCGGCCGGAGCCCUCGGGACUCGGUGAGCAACGAGGGAACCCUUGGCAAAUCUCUGAACUCGAGCCACUCGGACCCGGAGCAGAGCACCCCGGAGCCCAACAGCCUCCACGAGUCCCUGGAUGAACCAAGCCCGAGGCCAAGGGAAGCAGAGGAGGAGGAUGACAAGGUGGCCCUGCUGACUCCCAGCAGCAGAGAACUGGUGCCCUUGGCACGGACACGCAGCCUCUGGGGGGGGCCCCACACCGCGCUCUGGGCCUGGGCCGCUGCACUCUGGUCCCGGAUGAACCCCCAGCUGAGCCUUCUCAACAUCGUCAUCAUCAUCUACCUGCUGCUCAUGGUGGCCUUGCUGGUGUCCUCGGGGUACAUCGGGCUGCGCAUCAUGGAUCUGGAGCAGCAGUUGGCGUUCGCAGGGGCUCGGCCGCGCCUCAGCAUGGCACAGCAGUACAAGACAACGUGAGGGCAGAGAGGAAUCACCAGUGCCCCGGACAGGGGACACAGGGGCCGCCCCAAUCCCUUCCUCUGCCUCUCAGGGGGCUCCAUCACCAGGUGCCUUCCAGCUUCCCCUGGUGCCUGGGAAGCCCAGAGGGGGUGUGGGGCUCCAUCUCGCUCCCCCCGUGUCUCCCACCCUGAGCAGCAGCAGGAGGGAACUCAGGGAGUCCCAGGGGAACAAAGAGCAGCACAUGGGGAGGGCUUGGGGGACCCCCCACCCAGCCCUCCCUGCCCAGCAGGGGCAGGCAGAGGGGCCUGGGCCCAGGCAAUGCAGGGGCAAAGAGAGCAAACUAUUUUAUUAAUAAAAAUUAAUAAAACCUU